GACAUCAGGCGCCGGCCUCUUCCUCCCUGUUUCCCUGCCCGGCUGCGGGCGCAUCUCCCCCGCGGAUUCUCCCCCAUGGCCGGGGCGCGGGUGCUGGGCGAGAGCGGGGGCGGAGGGGGCGCUGCUGCCGCCGCCGCCGCCGCCGCCGCGGCCCCCAUGGACUACUCGGUGCACGAGGCUUGGAACGAGGCCACCAACGUCUACCUGCUGGCCGUGCUGGCCAGCCUGGCUCUGCUGGUGUACGCGCGCAGAAAUAAAAGGAAGAUCAUGAGGAUUUUUACGCUACCUCCUGCUGUAGAAGUACCGCCUGAGCCAAACUUUUACGACAGUGUGAAAAAAAUUCGUCUACGGCAGCAGCUAGAGAUGUACUCUAUCGCAAGGAAAUAUGAUCACCAGCAGCAAGCGCAGAAGCAGAGUGAUAGUGUACAGCUAUUGGUGGAAUGAAGUCUCGAAGCUCUGAAGCCGAGAGGAUGAUGGAAAGCUUGGGAUGUAGUCCUUUUCAAUGCGACUUGAAUAGUAUAGUGAUUUGUAUUCGUAAUUAUUGCCUUGAGAAGACGUAUGUAAAUGUACAGCGAGCAUUUUCUGAAAUCGGGAAAAUUAACAUGGCUGAUACAUAUUGGCCCUGUUUCCCAGUUUGCAUUACAAAUGAUUUCCAGUAAAAGUGGGAGUAGAUAAAGUUAAGGCAGGGCUGCUGGGACGUUCAGUGUGGGUAUCACAGCUAUUCCCAUUCAGAAGGGAUGAGAAAGGCACAUGACAUUUGAUGUGCCUCAGUGCGGUUAAUAAAGUAGUUGGUGCUGGCAGAGAACAGAAUAUAUACUUAGAGGCUCACAAUAAAUACCAAAUGUCCUGUUUGGGUUAUAGAAUAUAGAUGAAGAGAUAAAAAUAUUAGAAUGUACAAAUUUUCCUUUUUGCCCAGGUAAACAGUGGUGGAUAAAACAAUAAGUAGUUAAGGAAGUUCAGGUGGAGGCUCCGCAGGGCAUGAAUAUUUUUCUUUUUACCUGUUUUACUUGUCUUCCUGGUUUUUUCUUUAAUAUUAUUAAGUUCCAUUGUUGUUGCAGCUGCUGUUGUUUUUAAGCCAGGAUACUUCCAGUUAAAAUUACUUAGGACCAUUGAACUCAGUGGAAUUAAGCUGUUUAGGCAGUUGUGCCUGGGUAGUCUGUGGUCUUAAUUAGAACUAAAAUAAACUUAAAAUGUUUUUGGAGAAAUGCCCAUUUGACAAAGUCAGUAGCAAAGCUGCAAUUCUUUAUGGGGUGAGCACAUUUUCUUAUUGGGUUGUUAAAUGGCACUUUAAUGCGGCACUGUUACAAAGAGGGUUACAUAGCUGGAGCACAAGAUAGUAAAACUGUUCUGAGCAAUUACAGCUAGAAUUGCUUGGAUUACAGAUCCACCUUUAAUGGUCAGUUAUAAAUGUAUUUGCAAAUAUGUCAGACAAAACUGAUUCUGGUGGAAUUAUGGAGUGAUUAGGUGAUGCAAAUAAUUUAUAUGCAGGUGCUCAUAAAUAUUGGGAGAAAUGUGAAAAAAUUGUUCGAGGCACUUUUGAAAACAUAAACAUGUGACGAAUUAAACAAUGAAUUGCAUCCCUAAGUAGGUGGUGACUUUCCAAUUAUGGUUGAAAAGAAAAAGAGCAGAUUAACAAAUUUCUGUCUAGUGUUAAAUAGCCAUUUCCAACACUUGUCAAAUUUUUUUUGUUUAUGCCCCACGUCUCCUGAACUGCUGCCCUCUGCAUAAAAAACUUCUAGGGAAGUAAUGUGCUCCAAGUAUCUGAUCACAGCCAAAGUUCCUUAUUCUCCCUUCCACUUCCAAUAGCAUUUCUGGCGUGAAAGUUAAUGCUUUGGCUGUAGUGAGACAACUAUUCAAAGAGUUUCCUAUUUGGACUGCAGAUGGAGUUCAGUAGUCUAUCCUUCUAUACUUGGGAUUUGGUCUCUAUUAUAUCACCACGACCCCUCUUUGUGAUCCUUUGCAGAUUUCCUGUGUUUGCAGCACAGACUAGUGGGGAUGAGCUUUCAGUUUGGACAAGUGUAAUCAACCAGAUGUGCAGUUUAAGGGCUGAUGUUCACAUCAUGUUGGGGCAGCUUUUUGUAGAUAUAAAAGUUACCCCCAGAUCUGCAUUUCUGGGUGCUAUAUGGUGGGAGCUUGGAGCUUGCCAAUCUUGGCUGUAGCGACUUCAGUGAUUGUGUAGUAACAACAAAAAGGAAAGUGAAUCAAGUGAAUUUCUUAUCCUGUAUAUGUAUGAGGAACCCAAGGACAUCCUAGUGCAGGCAUAGGCAAACUUGGCCCUCCAAAUGUUUUUGGGACUACAACUCCCAUCAUCCCUGUCCACUGGUCCUGUCAGCUAGGGAUGAUGGGAGUUGUAGUCCCAAAACAUCUGGAGGGCCGAGUUUGCCAAUGCCUGUCCUAGUGUAUCACUUGUGAAUAUACAACUACAUAGUAUUAUUGUAAUAUAAUGUAUCACUUCCAUUGGACUGUCUGGUACUAUUGUGCCCUGGGUAGCAGCUGUACACUUGCCCUUGCAAAAUGCUCCCGUACUUUCAGUGUAUAAAAUGUUUUUGUAUUUUAUUUUUAACAGUAAAAUGCAUUUAAAGUUG